AUGUUGAAAUUUGGCUCUUUCCGACUUCCAGGCCGCGAUCCGCCGACAACAACGACAAUCGAGACGGGCUCAGAUGCAGCGCACGCCGAUGAAUUACAUCCAAACGCGGGAGUCGAGAUGAUCGUUUAUAUGCCCGGAUAUAAUCCAGGGCGAAACGACAGUAUACUCCUUCCACCAUCCUUCUACCUCGCAAUCUUAGCCCUUCAUGCAUUGGCUUUUAUCUACGAACGAGCGGGAAGCAUCAAACUCAAAAUGAAGAUCAUCUGGAGACAAUUCAAGAGGAUUUUCAAAUUCGCUGAGCAGAACCGAGAGGAAGCUCGCCUUUAG